CAUUCACACACACACACACACAUAUAUAUAUAUAUAUAUAUUAUAAUUCAGGGGUCUUCAUGUAAAAUAGUUUGAAGUCCAGUAAUGAACCCUCGUCACCAGCCAAGGUCCAGACAAUUUAUAUACCUAAAAAUAUGAAUUGAUGGUUUUUGGCAGACCAGGCUAAGAUAUUUAGGAUCAUAUAUAAGACUUUAAAACAAAAGGUUUUAUAAAAUGAUAAACUUCACAAUUAAGCCAUUAUUUUAGCCACAAUUUAAACCAUUUUAUUUGUUGUUGAAAAUAUAAUAUAUAAUAAUAUAAAUUAUUAUAUUAAUUUAGGCAAUUAUUAUCAAUCAAUUAUGAUAUUAAUCUUAAUAUUGGUUUUAUAAUACAUUAUCUUCUUGUGGAUCCGCCAGUUCACAUUUACGACUUUCUUGUACGAAGUAAGACUUUUUAUGGCUCUCUGCUCUCUUCACUGCAGACCGUCUGACCGUAGCAACACUUUACUGUAGCAGCAGCCCAUAAUAGCACUGUAGGACCUAAACAAGACCUUGAUGUGCUUGGUAUGAAUUAGAUUUUGUUAGAAAAUAGUGCCUGGUAUUUAUUUAUGUCAUUAUGUCAAAAAGCUUUGCGGUCCGGAUUCGGCCAGUUGGUGACCCCACACUGUCAGAAAGAAGCGCAUACCCUUUCAAAACAACACACAAACAAACAAACAAACAAAAAAACAACAACAAAAAAACAGCUUUGUACCUUAUUUAACAAUAAAUGUUGCAAAAUCAUUAAUAUUAAUGUUAUCAAUAAUACCUAAUUACAAUAUUAGUACCCAUAUAUAGAUAGAUACUGUAGAUAGAUAAAAUAGCUUGAUAUAUAUAGGCCUUUUUUCUUUCUUGAUAUAUUUUAAUUAGAUUUACCCAGAGUGAGAUAUUCUUGUUUUAAAUCUUAUGGUUACUGUUUUUUGCAAGCAUUAAUUUUCGUGUCAGCUGAGCGAUCGUAAUGAUGCACAGACGAGCUUCUUCCCUCCAGCAUUCAUGCUCAUUCCUCUAGUAUUUAUUGUUGUAUUUUUCUUGUGCUCAUCUGAAAUGCGUCACUUCUGCUCCGUGUACUAUUCUCUCUCUUCCUCUUCCCUCUGUAUGAAAUGUAAUGCUUUUAGGAUCGAUGAGCUGUAACUCUUUCUUUCCCCCCACAGGGGUUGACAGAUAUUUUCAUUUUCUCAUUGUGCAUCUUUGGAUUGCACUGCUGUGUGUGUGUGUGUGUGUGUGUGUGUGCGCACAGAGACCCUCCUCCCAAUCAGAAUGGCCCUGCGCUCCCCCUCCCCUCCCUUCUCUCUCUCUCCUCUCCCUCCAUAUGUGUGAAGAAGAUGGUUGCAAGCAGCGUGGGCCUGUUUUUACUGUCGCACAUCCUGUCGUGAUCCGACCGGGAGGAAGCGGAGGAGAAGAAUCCCUCCAUUCAGAUCCUGUGGUGGGAGGAACAGGCCUGGAGUCAGCCAGAGCAGAGAGCUGUCUCCAGCAUGCAGCGUCACUCGUCUGAUGUGGCCCGUCUGUAUCAGACUGAGUUCAUCCGGAGCGCGCGGGCGGUGGGCAUGCUCUGGGCCGUCUGCACGCUCUGCUUUGCCAUUAUUGAGGUGGUCAUUCUCAUCCAGCCUUCAUGGGUGGGCACACGAGAGCUGCACUACCGAGGAGGGGGUCCGGCUCCUCCGACCGGGACGCUGGGCCUCUUUGAGGUCUGCAUGGAGAUGGAUUGGCCUGUCCCAGAAUGCCGAGGGUCUCUUCGCACCCUGACUCCGCUCCCUGCCUUCCAGUCUCCCGCUGUGCUGGUGUGCAUGUCUCUCACUAUGGUGUGGGCCAGCGUGGGCUGUCUGUGUCUGUUCAGAUUCUGCAACGCAGCAACCGUCUAUAAGAUCUGUGCUUGGCUGCAGCUCACAGCAGGCUUCUGUCUGGCCCUGGCGUGUGUGUUGUUCCCAGACUCCUGGGCGUGUGCUGAGAUGCGGGCGCUUUGCGGGGACCGUGUGAGUAGCUUCUCCCCGGGGAACUGCUCUGUGCACUGGGCGUAUAUACUGGCCAUGUUGGGGGUGCUGGACGCCGGCAUACUGUCCACGCUGGCUUUUGUUUUGGGGAAUCGCCAAGAUGCCCUGCUGCCAGAAGAUGCCAAGGAUGGUGAUGUGACUGGCUUGUUACUGGCAGCAUAAAGCAGCGGUCAGAAGGUGCUGGUGGCUGUUUCAUCACGUCGUUUGUGAACUUCUCUCCUGACAAAUAAUGAUGAGAUAAAACGUGUGAAGAGAUGCUUGUCUUUUCCCCCUCAGCAUGAUGUCACCGUCCUGUGAAUUCUGCUUACAUAACCUGUCUGCAUAGAAACAGUCACCUGGCAACAGAGUCCUUUCUCCCCUGACGGAGGAACAUUACUCUGAUCUUGUAAUGGCGGCUCUAAAUAGAGAAGAGCAAAGGCCAUUUUCUUUAGUGCAUUUCCAAGUGGAGGUAUAGUCGAGGUCUGUGUGAUCACAGAUCACAUGUGGUUUUCAGUUAAAUGAUAUUUAGAGGAUUGACUGUGAUGUUUGAUUCCAUGUUCUAGAUGUUUUUGUGCAUGAAUUUAAGUCUGAAUUUAAACUCAGCAUAAUAUUACUAUAAAUCUGUUUAGUUUUGUUUUUGGUCAGUAAAGUCUUAAUCGUUUAGAAUCAGAUUUAAUGAUUUGAUCAUCUUUAAGCUAAAGGUAGCUAAUAACUUAUAUUUAAGUGAGCACAAAAUAAAAAUCUGCCUCUUUAUAUUCUUAUCCAAACUUUAAAUGAGUUGGUUUCUUCAUCAGAACAGAUUUGAAGGAAUAUAGCAUUACAUCACUUUCCUGACCAAUGGAUGCUCUGCAGUGAAUGGGUGCCGUCAGAAUGAGAGU